UCUCCACCCCCAGGAAAGCCAGGAGGCUGGGGCGGGACCUGCUUGGGGUUAAAUAUUCCUGUUCAACACUCCCCAGGCCUCUUGUCCCAGUCCUCUUGGCUGGAAGUUUAGCCAAGACCAGUCAUGACGACUUACAGUGACAAAGGAGCAAAGCCUGAGAGAGGCCGAUUCCUCCACUUCCACUCCGUGACUUUCUGGGUUGGCAACGCCAAGCAGGCCGCAUCCUUCUACUGCAGCAAGAUGGGCUUUGAGCCUCUCGCUUACAGGGGCCUGGAGACGGGCUCCCGGGAGGUUGUCAGCCACGUUAUCAAACAAGGGAAGAUCGUGUUUGUCCUCUCCUCGGCGCUCAAUCCCUGGAACAAAGAGAUGGGUGAUCACCUGGUGAAACACGGCGACGGAGUGAAGGACAUUGCAUUCGAGGUGGAGGACUGUGACUACAUCGUGCAGAAAGCCCGGGAACGGGGUGCCAAAAUUGUGCGGGAGCCCUGGGUGGAGCAGGACAAGUUUGGGAAGGUGAAGUUUGCUGUGCUGCAGACGUAUGGUGACACCACACACACCCUGGUGGAAAAGAUGAACUACACCGGCCGGUUCUUGCCUGGAUUUGAGGCCACGACAUUCAAAGAUCCGCUACUUUCUAAGCUGCCCAAGUGCAGUCUCGACAUUAUCGACCACAUUGUAGGAAACCAGCCUGAUCAGGAGAUGGUGCCGGCCUCGGAAUGGUACCUGAAAAACCUACAGUUCCACCGUUUCUGGUCUGUGGAUGACACGCAGGUGCACACGGAAUACAGCUCUCUGCGUUCCAUUGUGGUGGCCAACUAUGAGGAAUCCAUCAAGAUGCCCAUUAAUGAGCCAGCUCCAGGCAGGAAGAAGUCCCAGAUCCAGGAAUAUGUGGACUAUAAUGGAGGUGCUGGGGUCCAGCACAUUGCUCUCAAGACUGAAGACAUCAUCAUGGCGAUUCGCCACUUGAGAGAGAGAGGCAUGGAGUUCUUGGCUGUCCCUUCAACAUACUACAAACAACUGCGGGAGAACCUCAAGACUGCCAAGAUCCGGGUGAAGGAGAGCAUUGACGUCCUAGAGGAGCUGAAAAUCCUGGUGGACUACGACGAGAAAGGCUACCUCCUGCAGAUCUUCACCAAACCUAUGCAAGACCGGCCCACGCUCUUCCUGGAAGUCAUCCAACGCCACAACCACCAGGGUUUUGGAGCCGGCAACUUCAAUUCACUGUUCAAGGCUUUCGAGGAGGAGCAGCAUCUCCGUGGCAAUCUCACCGACUUUGAGACCAACGGGGUGGUCUCUUGACACCUCCCUGCCCACCCCGCUUGGCUCAUCGAGACUCCGCCCGCUGUUUCCGGAACAUGCCGGUCCAAGCUCCGCCCAGAGCUUCAGAGUCUCUCCCCACACUUGUCCCGCCCUCUAGGCCCCGCCCACCAGUCAGCUCCGGGCCCAGGCUCCGCCCACCUCUGGUCAAGCUCCCUCGCUCAGACUACAGUCUACUUCAGCCCUCACCAGUAAAGCGGACUCCGCUCCAAUA